CAUCGCGACCCAGCCCGGCCGUCCAGCUUAGUUCUGGUUUGAAAUUGAAGGCUCUUUGGCUGCCGGGGGACUCCCCCGCGUUCGCUCAGAAGGAAAGCUAACACUCUCCACCGGCUACCGGAGCCUUGGCUACCUCCCAGCUGGCACCCCACUCCCCCGCCUCCGGGGGCGCCCCCGGGGCGAGUCCCGGAGUUCCCUUACCCCGAAGGGGAAAUGCGAGUCGGCGGGGUCAUGGCCACCCUUUCGGACCUGCCGGACUCGGUCAUAUUGGAGAUCUUCUCUUACCUCCCGGUGCGGGACCGGAUUCGCCUCUCCAGGGUCUGUCACCGUUGGAAGAGGCUGGUGGGCGACCGGUGGCUGUGGCGACACGUCGACCUGACCGUCUGCAGGAUGCGGCCUAAAGUCAUGUGGCACCUCCUUCGCCGGUACAUGGCAUCCAGACUCCAUUCCCUGCGGCUGUGUGGCUACCUGUCCGCAGGCUCCCAGGCUCCCCAGUUGUCCCCAGCCCUGAUGAGGGCCCUGGGCCAGAAGUGCCCCAACCUCCAGCGUCUCUGCCUGCACGGGGCUGACCUGAGCGUGGUGCCCGUCACCAGCCUGCCUUGCACCCUGAGGACCCUGGAGCUGCACAGCUGUGAGAUUCCCAUGGCCUGGCUCCUCAGGGGGCGGGACCCCCCUGUGCUGCCCCUGCUCGAGUGCCUUGUGCUGGACCGCGUCCCUGCCUUUCGGGACGAGCACCUGCGGGGCCUGACGUGCUUCCGCGCCCUGCGCUCACUGGUGCUGGGUGGCGCCUACCGGGUGACUGAGGCCGGGCUGGAGGCAAGCCUGCAGGAGCUGAGCUACUUACGGAGGCUGGAGGUGCUGGGUUGUGCCCUCUCGGCCGACAGCACCCUCCUGGCCAUCAGCCGCCACCUCCGGGAUGUGCGGAAGGUCCGGCUCACGGUCACGGGCCUCUCAGCCGCCGGCCUGUCUGUGCUGGAGGGAAUGCCGGCGCUGGAGAGCCUGUGCCUGCAGGCCCCACACGUCGCCCUGGAAAUGCUCUCCCCGGCUGAAAUACUCUCCUCCUGCCGCACCAUGCCCAGGCUUAGGGUCCUUGAGCUGCAGGGGCUAGGGUGGGAGGGUCAGGAGGCGGAGAGGAUCCUGUGUCAGGGCCUGCCCCGCUGUCUGGUCAUCCUCAGGGCCGGCCCCAAAGAGCCUACGGACUGGUGGGUAUGACUGCCACCUGGCUGAGACCCGUCUCAGUUUUCAUUAGUGAGCAAGCACCUUGCAGAGGGCAGGUAAUUAGGCUACAUGGCCCGAAGGCCAAAGGUAGAGAGAAGUGAGGCCUUGCACUGCCAGACAACUGGAAUUGUUUGUCAGUGUGUGGCUUCUGACAUCAGCCAGUCUGGUCCCCACAUCUGGAAAUGGGAAGACCAUCGUUACCUCAUGCGUACGCUGCAAAGCCUUACACUUUACUGAGCCCCAGAGGUCUUCAGUGUAGGGGCAUUCUCAGGGCGGUCCUCAGAAACAGGAUGGGUGCACAGGAGUGUGGUUAGGAGCCAGGGCCCCUUAGGAAGCCUGGAAGGACGGUCUGCAUGUGCACCCCACACCACUGAUUAUACCCACAUGCACGGAGAAGACACGGGAAGUGCAGGCGUGACUCGUCUUUUGUGAUCAAAAUGUUAAUGAAGGUUCUAAACUGUAUUUUUUUGUAUUUUCAAGUUUUUCGUAAUCUAUAUUUUGCUAUUAAAGAAAAUCACUUGCCCUA